UGAACCAGAAAAAGGAUAAAGUCCUCUCCUUCCCCCCCACCCCUUCUCUUAAUAAGUCGCGGUGAACACCAGCCUUUACCCUUUACGCCAUGGGAGUGCUCAUGUCAAAGAAGCAGCAGGUGGAGAAGGUGCAGAAAUGCACUGCCGUCGUCUCUGCCUUCCAGUCUGGCCUUAAAGAUCGUGCUGCUGCAGCCAAACAGACAGAAGUAGAAGUAGAGGAAGGCGACGGACCCGCCAAAACUGCAGCCAAUCCUGAAGAGAAGAGUAAAGAAGAGGCAGAGAAAGAGGAAACAGACAAUAGCGCGGGUCCGUCGACCUCCCAGCAGGCCUCAGCUCCAACGAGGGACGAAUGUAAGGUCAACCAGGAGGCUUGGUCGAGGUUACGGGAUGGGAAGGGAGUGGAGCCUGAAGAUCUCGAAAAGACCCAUCAGCUCACACCGCCUGCUUUUGUGCGGCCCAAAAGGGAAGCUGAUGACGACCAGCCUGUAGAAGUGGAGCUGGAAAAGAAAGAGCAGCCACCGAGUGAUGAGAUGUGUGAUGUGUGUGAGGUGUGGACGGCCGAUGACCUGUACCCCUGCAGGAUCUGCACGCGGGUGUUUCACGACGGCUGCCUGAGGGAGUUGGGCUACCUGCGUGCCGAGGCCUUGCAGGAGAUGAGAGAUACAGCCCACACUGUUACUGGCUGGAGCUGCUACUAUUGUGAUAAUCUGAAUCUGCUGCUAACAGAGGAAGAGAUGUACAGCCUCAUGGAGACCUUUAAGCAGUGCAAGAUCAUCCCAGAGUCAUGCCUGGUGUCAGAUGAGCUGCUGCAGUACCGCCACUUUGUAUCCAAGCAGCAGUUUGAUAAGGACCUGACUGAUGAACAAGAGGAGGAAGUCCUGGCCCAGUUUGCAGCGCUGGAUCCUGAGAAGAAGGGUCACAUUGAAUGGUCGGACUUCCUCUACUUUGAGUCACUGGCGAUGUUGAGGAAGUUUCGCACAGAGAACUCACUGGUGCGCCUGAUGACUGCCAAAGAGAGAGACAAAGCUCGGUCAGUGUUUCUGGGUCUGGAUCUGGAUAAAGACGGCAUGAUCACAAGAGCAGAAUGCCGCCAAGCCCAGCAGUCCUGGUUCCACAGUCUCAACAAAGACUCGCAAUCCUGCAAUGUGAGACUCAUGGGACUCUGCUCUCCUAUGAAUUGUGGUAUAAGUCAAGUUGGUCCCAUAUGUGAGAGCAGUCCUGGCAGCUCUGGAAGCGAAAGGAGCAAGACUGGUGACAGCAGGCCAGUGACCUGGGCGGACUUUUUAAAGGAGAGUGCCAUCUACAUUUUGGCUGCACGGCCCAAUAGUUCCGCCAUGCACAUCCAUCUGCCUCUAUAGUCCAGGACCCUCCAUUGCACCCAAGCAGAGAGAGAGAGAGGGAGAGAGAGAGAGAGAGAGAGAGAGAGAGAGAGAGAGAGAGAGAGAGAGAGAGAGGGUAUACCCCAUAGUCUACAGAUGAGCGGAGUAAGGUAGACAUGAUGACACAAUGACAUGAGGAAGACAACUGAGUGAACUGGAGGAAGCACUGAGACACAGCAGAUCAAGCCAUCGACAGAAUCUCUCCUCCUCUGCGCCACCUCAAUCCCCAACACUGACAGCACACAUGCCGACUGACACACCGACGACUGCAAGUGAUAGCAGCUGUCACAGGUCCCAACUCCAAAACCUGACAGCUUUCCAACAAAUGUGAGAGAUAGGACGAGAAAGACAACCACCCACUCAUGACUAGUCAGUCAGUCAGCGGUAUUUCUGAAAGUUUGAGUGAAGAGAUCAUACACACAAGCAGACAAGCUCCUAGGGUGCUCACACUCUUUCAAAUGACAAAUCCUACACUCUACGGCCAUCCAGCUACACAACGCACCUCUGCGUGGGGGAACAUUAAUUUGACAGGCUGUUGCUCUUUCAAGUAUUCAUUCCUCUGGGCCUCAUCAUGCCCUAAUAAUAACUCCAUGCUACUGUAAUGGGAUUGUGUUAUUCACCAUCAAUAUUGUUAAUCACUCUGCACAGAGGCACGUGCAAAUUCAUUACUGGUACUGUCUGAGACGUGGAUACACUUCUGGGAGUAGAUUAACCCUGCAGCUGCCAUUUGCAUAUACCAAAACAGAAAUGAUAGCUAUCCGCAUACAUAUUAAAUCAGAACUGCUAUACAUACAACAGUAUAAAUUAUUAUUAUGCAGUAAAAAUCUGUAUUUAUUCCUGUAUCCUCUGAUGUAUCCUCUGUUCUUUUCCCCAUUCCCAUACCUAGAAUCUAUGUUCUCCUUAAACACUACAUGUGAAAAAGAAUGUGAAGUGAACAUAUAUGAAAGCUAAACCAGUCAGUGACUUGUAUAUACUGCCAUAUAGUACAUAUUCCUGUUGUGCUCUCAGAGCUGCACUACGACAAGGUGGAAACAUCUGCCCUCCUGUUCUGGUGUCAUUAUUUGCACUGUGGGAAUGAGAUGUAGUUGGACCACCGAGUGACAUAAUCAUGUAAUGAAAUACUGAAAGACAAUGAGAGAUCUGGGGCAAACAUUUGUCCUUUGUUGAUAUGCAGAAGCACUGUUUAAAACUUGACACGGAAGACGUGGUGGGAAUUCUAUAAGGUUACAGGUUACACAACAACUUAAAUGCACAUGAAACUGCCCCUUGAGUCACUGGAAACAUACUUGUAACAGAUAGAACUUCAUGUAGUGUUUAUGCCAUGUAAUGACGGUUCUAUGCCAGGUCCUUUUAGUGAAUAAAGUAUGGCUCUGAUGUGAAUGUUGAUAGUUUGAGGGAUUUGUCACAGUGCUGAAAUAAACGCAUGGCAUUUACUCUC